CCCUCGAUGUCUUCUUCAGUAUCUCUGUAUGGUGAGGGGGAAAGAUCCAUCAUGAACCCUGCUCAGGAUCCGGUGUCCUUCGAAGAGGUAGCCGUGUAUUUCACCCGGGGGGAGUGGGCCCUGCUGAGCCCAGCCCAGAGAACUCUCUACAAGGAGGUCAUGCUGGAGAAUUUUGGGAACGUGGCCGCUCUGGCUGGGGGUAUGCAGAGAAUUCAGGGAGAGGCGGGAAAAUAUCAAUGCGUGGAGUGUGGAGAAAGGUUCAGGUGGAGUGACAAGCUUACUUCCCAUCAACAAACCUAUACAAGAGAGAAACCAUAUAAAUGCCUGAAACACUUCAAGCAGAGUGGAAGCCUUAUGUAUCAUCAGAGAAUUCACACAGGGGAGAAACCUUAUAAAUGCCUCGAAUGUGGGAAAAGCUUCAAGCAUAGUGGAAACCUUAUGUAUCAUCAGAGAAUUCACACAGGGGAGAAACCAUAUAAAUGCCAGGAGUGUGGAAACAGCUUUACUAGCAAACAAAGCCUUAUUGACCAUGAAAGAAUUCAUACAGGAGAGAAACCAUAUAAAUGUCUGGAUUGCGGAAAAAGCUUUCCACGGAAGAAUACUCUAACUUUCCAUCAAAGAAUUCACAGAGGAGAGAAACCACAUAAAUGUCUGGAGUGUGGAAAAAGCUUUCGACAGAAGACUAUAUUAACUGUCCAUCAAAGAAUUCACACAGGUGAGAACCCAUAUAAAUGCCUGGAGUGUGGGAAGUAUUUUAGUAGCAAAGGAAACCUUACUUACCAUGAAAAAAUUCAUAGAGGAGAGAAACCAUAUAAAUGUCUGGAGUGUGGGAAAAGCUUUCCACGGAAGGAUAUGCUAACUUUCCAUCAAAGAAUUCACACAGGGGAGAAACCACAUAAAUGUCUGGAGUGUGGGAAAAGCUUUCGACAGAAGAAGAUAUUAACUGCCCAUCAAAGAAUUCACACAAGUGAGAACCCAUAUAAAUGCCUGGAGUGUGGAAACUGCUUUACUUGCAAACGGAACCUUACUUACCAUGAAAGAAUUCAUACAGGGGAGAAACCCUAUAAAUGUUUGGAGUGUGGAGAAAGCUUUCCACGGAAGGAUAGGCUAACUUUCCAUCAAAGAAUUCACACAGGGGAGAAACCAUAUAAAUGCCUGGAGUGUGGCAACUGCUUUGCUAGCAAACAAGGCCUUACUUACCAUCAAAGAAUUCAUACAGGGGACAAACCAUGUAAAUGCCUGAAGUGUGGAAAGUACUUUAGUAGCAAAAAAAACCUUAUUUACCAUGAAAGAAUUCAUACAGGGGAGAAACCUUAUCAAUGCCUGGAGUGUGGAAAGUACUUUCGUAGCAAAGGAUGCCUUACUUACCAUGAAAGAACUCAUACAGGGGAGAAACCCUAUAAAUGCCUGGAGUGUGGAAAGUGCUUUAGUCGCAAAGGAAACCUUACUUGCCAUGAAAGAAUUCAUGGAGGGGAGAAAUCCUAUAAAUGUCUGGAGUGUGGAAAGUCCUUUCGUAGCAAAGGAAACCUUACUUGCCAUGAAAGAAUUCAUACAGGGGAGAAACCCUAUAAAUGCUUGGAGUGCGGAAAGCCCUUUCGUAGCAAAGGAGGCCUUAUUUACCAUGAAAGAAUUCAUACAGGGGAGAAAUCAUGCAAAUCCCUGGUAUGGCAAAAGUUUUCCAUGGAAGGAGACACUAAGUUCGCAUCAAAGAAUUUACACUGUGGAGAAAGCGUAGAAAUGCCUGGAGCGUGGGAAGAAAAGGAGACUGGAAAAUUAGAAACCAACCUUAUUUCCAUAGUUAAAAUACUGGAUCCGGUGUCCUUCGAAGAGGUGGCCGUGUAUUUCACACCGGCUGGGGGUAUGCAGAGAAUUCAGGGAGAGGCGGGAAAAUAUCAAUGCGUGGAGUGUGGAGAAAGGUUCAGAUGGAGUGACACACUUACUUCCCAUCAACGAACUCAUACAGGAGAGAAAACAUAUAAAUGCCUCGAAUGUGGAAAAAGCUUCAAGCAGUGUGGAGGCCUUAUGUAUCAUCAGAAAAUUCACAGAGGGGAGAAACCAUAUAAAUGCCGGGUGUGUGGAAACUGCUUUAUAAGGAAACAAACCCUUAUUGACCAUGAAAGAAUUCAUACAGGGGAGAAACCAUAUAAAUGUCUAGAGUGCGGAAAAAGCUUUCCACGGAGGCAUACUCUAACUUGCCAUCAAAGAAUUCACAUGAGGGAGAACCCAUGUAAAUGCUUGGAGUGUGGAAAGUGCUUUACUAGGAAACGAAACCUUUCUUACCAUGAAAGAAGUCAUACAGGGGAGAAACCAUAUAAAUGUCUGGAGUGUGGAAAAAGCUUUCCACAUAAGAAUAUGCUAACUUCCCAUCAAAGAUUUCAUACAGAGGAGAAACCAUAUAAAUGCCUGGAGUGUGGAAAGUCCUUUCUUAGCAAAGGAGGCCUUACUUACCAUCAAAGAAUUCAUACAGGGGAGAAACCAUAUCAGUGCCUAGAGUGUGGAAAGUACUUUAGUAGCAAAGGAAGCCUUACUUACCAUGAAAAAAUCCAUGGAGGGGAGAAACCCUAUCAAUGCCUGGAGUGUGGAAAGUCGUUUCGUAGCAAAAGACGCCUUACUUACCAUGAAAGAAGUCAUACAGGGGAGAAACCCUACAAAUGCCUGGAUUGUGGAAAGUACUUUAAUAGCAAAGGAAGCCUUACUUACCAUGAAAGAAUUCAUACAGGGGAGAAACCCUAUCAAUGCCUGGAGUGUAGAAAGUCCUUUAAUAGCAAAAGAGGCCUUACUUACCAUGAAAGAAUUCAUACAGGGGAGAAACCCUAUAAAUGCCUGGAGUGUGGAAAGUACUUUCGUAGCAAAGGAAGCCUUACUUACCAUGAAAGAAUUCAUACAGGGGAGAAACCCUAUAAAUGCCUGGAGUGUGGAAAGUACUUUCGUAGCAAAGGAAGCCUUACUUACCAUGAAAGAAUUCAUACAGGGGAGAAACCCUAUAAAUGCCUGGAGUGUGGAAAGUACUUUAGUUGCAAAGGAUACCUUACUUACCAUGAAAGAAUUCAUACAGGGGAGAAACCCUAUAAAUGCUUGGAGUGUGGAAAGCCCUUUCGUAGCAAAGGAGGCCUUUCUUACCAUGAAAAAAUUCAUACGGGGAGAAACCAUACAAAUGCCUGA